UCGUAAAUGUAUAAAAGUGUUCAAUGAUUCCUACAAUAGGUUAACAAUUUUGGUAAAUAAAAAAUAAAAUGCGUGUCGUUUUUCUGCUUGGGAUUUUGGGUUUAGCCGCCCUGGUGUGCGGUACCCCCCUUGCGGAACCGGAAGUGGGAGGUAUUCCCCUGGUGGAGCCAAAUGUGGGAUUGGGAUACCACCAGGAAGUAGGUAUCCCGCUGGCAGCAAAGAUCAAGGAGCAGGAAGAUAGAGUAUUCCUCAGGAAUUCGUCCCUGGACCCCAGAAUUGUUGGCGGAGCAAUCGCCCCUACGAAUAGUUAUCCUUUCUUGGCUGGUCUCAUCAUCAGCUUUGUCAACAUAGAUGGUCAGUCUGCCUGUGGUUCUUCCCUAGUAUCUUCCUCCCGGCUGGUAACAGCUGCCCACUGCUGGUUCGACGGCACUAACCAAGCUAGCUCCUACACCGUGGUGCUGGGUUCUUCGUUCCUAUUCUAUGGAGGCACUCGCAUCGUCACCUCGACCGUGGUUAUGCACCCACAGUGGACGCCUUCCACCUUACAUAACGACAUCGCAGUUAUUUAUCUACCGACGCCGGUUUCUUUCUCAGCGAGCAUCCAACCUAUUUCUCUGCCAACAUGGGACAUACUGGGUGACCAAUUUGUGGGAGAAUGGGCAGUAGCUGCUGGAUAUGGAACCACUAGUGACCUGGAAAUUACCAUUUCAAUCAAUGCGUCAGUCAGACACGUGAGCUUGCAAGUGAUCACGGUAGCGCAGUGCCAAGCCUCCUUUGGAUUCUACGCCCAGGCCAGCACCAUCUGCACCAACGGCGCUGGUGGGGUCGGCAUCUGCAAGGGAGACUCCGGUGGACCCCUCGUCGUCAACAGAAAUGGAAUGAACAUCUUGGUUGGUGUGAGUUCGUUCGUGGCUAAGGACGCCUGCCAGCAGGGGCACCCCUCCGCCUUCGCCAGGGUCACCAGCUUCUUUAAUUUCAUUCUCCAGCAUAUAUUAGACGGUACCAAAAUGCGCGCUGUGAUUUUGCUGGGGUUUGUGGCCUUGGUAGCUGGCAACCCUUUGGUGGAGCCUGAAGGAUUACUUGGUUACCAUGAAAAGAUUGGCAUUCCCCUUGCUUCCAGCAUCAAAAAGGCAGAAGACAGAGCCUUUGCUGGCAGAACGCAAGAGGAAAAAGAACGAGGGAGAAUUGUGGGAGGCAGCAUUGCUCCGACUAACGGCUAUCCUUAUCUGGCUGGUCUUGUCAUCAGCUUCGUGAAUAUAGCUGGUCAGUCAGCCUGUGGGUCCUCUCUCAUCUCCGCCUCCCGGCUGGUCACAGCCGCGCAUUGCUGGUUCGAUGGCGUCAACCAGGCGAAUUCCUACGUCGUUGUGCUUGGGUCGCACUUCUUGUUCUAUGGAGGAACUCGCAUCGUCACUUCGACUGUUAUCACGCAUCCUCAGUGGACGCCUUCCACACUCCAUAAUGACGUGGCUGUGAUCUAUUUACCUUAUAGUGUUGCCUUCUCAGCAAGCAUCCAGCCUAUAUCACUGCCCCCUGCUAAUUUCUGGAACGAACAGUUUGCCGGAGAGUGGGCGAUCGCCGCUGGGUACGGCUUGACGAGCGACCUGGAGACUAGCAUAUCACUAAACGCAGCAGUGAGUCACGUGAACCUGCAAGUGAUCACAGUAGCGCAGUGCCAGGCCGUCUUCGGGUUCUACGCCCAGGCCAGCACGAUCUGCACCAACGGCGCUGGUGGAGUCGGCAUCUGCAGCGGAGACUCCGGUGGACCCCUCGUCAUCAACAGAAGUGGACAGCAAUUUUUGGUCGGAGUGAGUUCGUUCGUGGCAGCUGCGGGCUGUCAGCUCGGUUUCCCUUCAGCAUUCGCCAGGAUCACCAGUUUCCAGAGCUUCAUUCAACAGCAUAUGUAAUUCUCAUUAUCUUUAAUGCCAUCUGUAUAUAUAGUUAAUAAAUACUUUUGUUUUAGA